AAGUGUGAAAAUACUGGAAAUAUAAAACUGAAAUAAAAUUAAAUAAAAAUCACAUAAAAAUAAAUAGAAUAAAAGAAGAAUAACAAAGAAAAAAUUGUUUUGAUGGUCAAGAAUUGUAAAAAUUAAGACAAAAAUUAUUAAAAAUACCUAUAAUUUUUGACAAAUUCAAUUGAAAAAUAAAAACGUAUGUAGAUAAGAUAAACAAUAUUCAUAAGUACAUACAAAGUUAUAAAUAAUCAAUAAUCACGAGGAUAUAACUCAAUAAAUAUUAUAUGUUGAAAUAUAUAAACUAUUAAAAAGUAUCUAAAAUAUUUGAUAAUAGGCGGAUUUAGUUUAUGUAUCCGACACGCUAAUUAGGCAAGUGCUGUAUAAAAAUAUGUCUAAGCUACCCGCAAAUAAAAGUGACGAAAUUAGAAGUUGGUUAAAUUCAAUAGAUAUAAAUGAAGAUGCUGAGCUAAGCGAUAUAGAAGCAACAUGUCCGAGUGUAGUUGAAUCGAGUAUAAUAGAAUCAUCAAGUUCGUCUGACUCUGGUGAUGAAGUGGCCUUGGGCCAGUCUUCCCAUAAUCAUAUUAAAGAAUACAAUAACAAUUUAUUGCCACAGAUUCCUGCACUCAGUUUUAACAACGUUAAUAUCUGCAAUUCGUCAAAUGUUUAUUUGGGAAAUAUUUACAGUGUAAAUGGAACUCUAAAUAUAAAUGUUAUUAAUGGCGAAGAGAAACCUCAGGAGGAUCAAGAAUCGGCAGCAAAAAAGUCACCCGUUAUUAGACCUGCCUGUCUGAUAUUUCCACGUUAUCGUUGGCUGGCUAUGGAUCCUCUAAGUGAAUCUAAUAAAUUACCAGAACCCGUAGAAUUUAUAUCAAUUGGAUAUACCGCCACUACUAGUUCAACGGUACAAGCUCGAAAUAUAGGCAUAAUAAGGGAUUAUCAAACUCUCAAUGUUGAGGCUCAAGGUUUUAACGAUAUAAUUUAUAAUUUUCUUAUCGGCUGUGAUGGUACUAUUUACGAAGGUCGUGGCUGGGGUGUGGAGGGUGAUCACACCGCUGGUUAUAAUCAUAAAUCCAUAGGUGUGGCAAUAAUUGGUAAUUUUAAACAAGAACUGCCUCCCGAAAGAACAUUUAAAGCCUGCCAAAAGCUAAUAACACGCGGCAUUGAUGAAGGUCAUCUAUCGAAAGACUAUAAAAUAUUUGCACCGCCCACAGCAAAUUAUAACUUAUUAAAUGAGGAACUUAAAAAAUGGGACCAUUUUUGGGAUAUACAGAACUGCAAUGAAAGUUGAUGGGGUGGAGGACUAUAAUUGUCUAUAAUGGAGGAUACAUUCGAAUAUUUUCUGAAGAAUGUCAUUAUUAUCCAAAGAAACUGGGAAGGAAAUUACUUAGAACUCAGGCAAAUAAGCUAAAUGCAAUUUAGCUUUGAUUGUUUAGAAGGCAAAAUGAUAAAACGUGUCUGGCUGUUAAGUUUUUAUAUUUAAGGACAAUAAUUUUUGUAUUAAAUGCAAAUGAAAUUAAACAUAUUUUUGUAUGUGUUAUUAACAAUGUUCAAUGUUUUACUUGAAGAUUUAUAGUUUACUGCCUCUUGUUGUAAUAACGAAAACACUUAAGCGGGCCAACUUUGCAAGAAAAAAAAAACAUAUCUUAGGUCAAGUAAUGAUACUUGUUUUAUGUUAAAAAUAAUACAUUUUAUUCCUAUAUAUUUAGAGUAAAUGUCGGAAACUUUAAAGCAUUUGCCGCGGAAACUUGUUUAAUGCCCAGGAUAAAGAGAUCGACUUAUGCUUUACGAGGAGUAGAUAGGAUAGCUUUAAUAUUUAUCUAAAAUUGUAUAAAUAUUUUAUCGUUUAUAUUCAUACUUAAGUACAUAUU